ACUUAGUUGUGCCAAGGCUAAUUCCACUCCAUCGAAAAAGCUAAAGCCAAAGCCAUCACCAGCACAAGCUCUUGGCACCCCAGCCAAGAGAAAGUCUCUAGCUAUGAUGUCUCCUUCAAGCAGCAUCAACAGGUCAAUUUUAUUAAUCAAUUUUCAUGUUUAAAUUUGAGGCUAAAACCUGUUUAAUCAAACAUAAGUGAAUAUAACAGAGAAAACAAUGUCAUAAUUUCAUGCCGUGUUAUACAUUUUUCUCGCUCUCUUUGUUCUGUUUCAAUAAUGGAGUUGGGAAGCAUACUCCACUUCGUUGAGGAUAAGACCAUUCUCAUCACUGGAGCCACUGGCUUCCUUGCCAAAAUUCUGGUGGAGAAGAUACUGAGGGUUCAACCAAAUGUUAAGAAGCUAUUUCACAGUGACAAGAUAAAAUGCAUGAAAUGUGGAGGAAAAUUUGAUCGUCAGGAAAGGAUGAUGGAUCUUACCAUUGAGAUAGAAGGGGAGAUGGCAACUCUGUUGGAAUCUCAUUUUGAGUUUAUAGGCUUGUAGUAUUUUUUGUUGUUUAGAUUUGUAACAUGAUUUAUUACUUUUCAAGAGAAAUUUGUGUAUUAAUAUUUUGAGUUUAAUAAAAUAUCUCAUUUUG